UGACAGUGAUAAUUUACCGGUUUAGUGAAUUUGCUCAAAACUCCAAAAUCCAAGUCCAUUUAAAUGGUUAUUAUUUUUUUUAAAUUAAAAAUAUUAAUUACUCGUAAUUAUAAAAACAAUGACGUAAUUGUUUAUUAAGUAAAAGUUAUUUCUAAUAAAUUUCAGUGGUUAAUAGGCAAGUUAACAGUAUAAAUGUACGUGGAUCUUGGGUUGAUCAUCAAUACGAGGAUAAAAAUGGCGGAUGUUGGAAAUAGUUUAGAGUAAUAGGGGUCAUGUAGUUGUCUCAUUUAAAUAAAACUAUCAAAAAUUUUGUGAUUAAGUAUUUAAAUUUUUAUAAUUUCCUAUACUAGUGAGUUUAUUUAAACCAGAGAUAUGGCUACGAGUUAGAAUAUUUACAUGUAAAUAAAAGUCUACACAGUAGGAAGACGAGCCAACGUUAUCAGCUUCCUCUGCUUUCCAUUUAACAAGAGUUUGUUUUAUUGUUCGUUUUUUAAAAAAAAAAAGUACAUAAUGAAUUGGGAGUUUAUUUCCGAAGCAAAUGCUCACCUGACAGAGACUGAAUUACGUUAUUACGGUGAUAUAUUUUUGUAUUGUUGUGACAACACGGAUCCUGAUAAUGUCCCGGUUGUCAAGGCUGCUGAGUUAUUUCGUUCUGCAAAUUUACCUCGAGAUAUAACUAUUAAGAUACUGGACAUAUGUGUGGGUUCAAAGGUAAACAAUCACAUGGGCAGAAAACAGUUUUACGCAGCAUUAAAAUUAGUUGCUGCGCAUCAAGCUGGUUUGGAUAUACACCGUGAUAUGACUAUUAAUUCAUUGGAAAUGGCAACACCGUUACCGAGAUUCUCGUGGCCUACGUCUGGUGACGAGGACACAAGCGAACGACGUAAUAAAGAUUGUAUGGUAUCUAAUGCUAAAACAUUGAGUCAAUCUGGUGGAUUAACUGGAUCACAUUUACCUGAAAGUACUACAGAGAGUGAGAGUGACGCUGAAUCUCCUCGAGAAACUGGUGGCAGUACUGACUCACCCACGCCCACGAAUAGUGUAACGCAAGAGCGGAUAAUUGACGGAUUGAUGGCUGGAGAUAACAUUUUAGACUCAGCCUCUGGUAGCUGGCAAGGUCUGCUGGUGUCCGAAGAACAACGACAGCUGCUGGGUACUGAGGAAGAAAGUUCUGAGCGACACAGCAGCGACGAAGCUGAUGCUGAUGGGGAUGCUUCGAGUUUUCCACCUGAAGAAGUUUGGAUUAUCAGUGAGGAACAGAGAGAUUAUUAUGCCGCCCAGUUUUCGCGACUGCAACCAAAUCCGGAGGGUUUGUUGGCUGGUUCAGUUGCCAGGACAUUCUUUGAAAAAUCGCGACUGCCAGUUGCUGAGCUGAGACGGAUUUGGCAGCUGGCAGAUGUCACCAGAGACGGAGCAUUGAGUUUGCAGGAAUUUUAUGUUGCAAUGCAUCUUGUUGUGCUGAGGAGAAAUCACGUUCCACUCCCGGAUUCAUUGCCACCUAGUUUGGCAUUUACUUUGACAGUACCGCCGCCACCGUUACCAGCUUCAGCUUCACUCGUCGCUGCUGAAGUAUCUCCUCCUCAGCCUCCUCCUCCGCCACCCCCAACACCUCCAACUCAAACCAAUACGCAGAUAAGUCAAAGUCAAUCUCAAUCUCAGUCUCAGUCUCAAACUCAAGGCUCACCUGACUCACGUACCACUGGCUCGACGUUAAUCUCAAACACGGCAAUCAACACCCGAGAAAAAAAUAAAGAAUGGACUAAAUUCGUCGAUUCUCCAACUGGUAGUGCGGGUGCGUUAGCAAGUCCCGGACCAAAACCAAAAUUUAUCGUUAAUUUUGACUUACAAAAAGCUGCUGUUGAAAGAGAUCCAAAGAUUCUACAUCCGGUCCCACUCAGGCUGACUCCUGAGGCCGCUAUUUUGGCUUCCACCGCCAAUGGAAAUAAUAGCACCGCUGGACUAGUUGAUGAAGACGUUCUACUGUCGGCUGUAAACCUAGGACAGAGAUCGCUCAAUAAAAAGUCACUUAAUUCAAAUGACGACGGUCUCGCCGUCACGCCGAAAAAAGAACCACCUCCGCCACCACCUCCCAGGCCUUACAGAACUCACACCCGGAGCUCUAGUCUCGAUCUUAAUAAAUUAGGUAAAAAUGGACAAAAUUUUUUAGGUGCUCCGCCUUCAGUGCCACCGAGAAUCUCACCAGGAGUUAGUUCACCGAGAAAACUAGUCGGACAAAAAAGUGAAUGUGAUGAUCAAAGAAUCACAAAUGAAAGUUCAAGUUUCGUUGCUGAUUUUUCACAUUUCUCUCCCAAGAGCGAAGAUGUCACAAGUCUAGAGACCGCUACAGCGAACCAAAGCCAACAGUUUACUGGAGUUUGUGGUGCUUUUCAUAUUUAUCGUAAACCUAGUCCCAAACCUGGAGAAGGUGAAGAAGAAGGAAAAGAUGAUACUGAUGACAGUAAAAGUCUGACUCUAGAGGAAUUAAGAGAAAAAAAUUCCGAGUUGAGGCUCGUAUGCGAAGAACUGACCCGCGAAUUGGCCGGCGCGCUUCAAGAACGUAUUAAUUUACGUGCUAAAUUGCUUCUUAUAACUUGAUCCUGCAUUUCUUCACUAUCUCUCCUCCAUUUCCGGCACUCAGACGCCGUGGUUGUCCGCCCAUACUUGCAAUCACGUUCUCGUUCGCUUUCCUCAUAAAAAAAAGUCAAUCCACUACCUUAUAUUUUUUUUUUACUUGCACUUUUACUGCUCGUAAAUAUUUUUAAAAAUAACAAUCAUAAUAUAAAUGUCUAAAAAGUGCUAAAAUACUUUAGAUAUUUUAUUUCCUCUUCACUUUUGAUUAUUAAAUUUAUGACAAAGUGUUGAUAGGAAAAUUUAAAAUACUAUUAUUGGUACUGAGUAAAAAAAAAUAAAUAAAAGUAAAUAUUAAUACUGCAUUACGAAUUAAAAAAAAAAAACGUGAUAAAUAAUUUAAAUACAGUAUCAAUUGACUUUGUCGAUUAAAGUCAAAAUGUAUUUUCGUAAGCUAUUGAAAAAAAAGUCUAAUCAAAUGUUUCUGUAUGUAUCGUAAAGAUAUAGUUAGCUGUUGAUGUUUUCUACAUAUACAUUAUUAUCAAAUAAAUAUCAUUAAUUUAAAAAAAUAAAAAAAUAAAA